ACGAAAGAUGGUGAUGCUCCUGGCAAGAAAGGUGAUGCUCCUGGCGAGAAAGGUGAUGCUCCUGGCGAGAAAGGUGAUGCUCCUGGCGAGAGAGGUGAUGCUCCUGGCGAGAAAGGUGAUGCUCCUGGCGAGAGAGGUGAUGCUCCUGGCAAGAGAGGUGAUGCUCCUGGCGAGAAAGGUGAUGCUCCUGGCAAGAAAGGUGAUGCUCCUGGCAAGAAAGGUGAUGCUCCUGGCGAGAGAGGUGAUGCUCCUGGCGAGAAAGGUGAUGCUCCUGGCGAGAGAGGUGAUGCUCCUGGCAAGAGAGGUGAUGCUCCUGGCGAGAAAGGUGAUGCUCCUGGCAAGAAAGGUGAUGCUCCUGGCAAGAAAGGUGAUGCUCCUGGCGAGAGAGGUGAUGCUCCUGGCAAGAGAGGUGAUGCUCCUGGCGAGAAAGGUGAUGCUCCUGGCAAGAGAGGUGAUGCUCCUGGCGAGAAAGGUGAUGCUCCUGGCAAGAGAGGUGAU